AGUUUUUUUUGCAAACACUUCUGCCGGCUGAUGUAGAACUUCGCGCCACAGUUUUGCAAAGCCACGCCGCAUGCGAUGUGCUAGCUAGCGUCUUGCGGUAGUUGCUAAAGAAUUCACCACCGACGAAAAUAGGCUUUCGAAUGUUUCUGUGUAGCUGGAAUGCCGUAGCAGCCAUUGUUUCAAUAAAUGCUCCCCUCCGGAAAAGACGGUUUUGACAACCACUUCACCGAGGCACCCGACUUUUGACCUUCAAUUGCUUGGUGUUCUGAAUAAACGGCAGCUCGAAAGAUUGUGCGACAAAUGCGUACUGGUUUAAUAAGCGUCGUUGUGGAAAGUUUCAACUGUUCGGGGCAGCGCAGUUGCGAAGGGGAAAUUCCGGUCGCGGAAGAUGCAUAUUGCGGACAGACACGAAAAUGCUCAUCUGGAGGAACCGGAAAUCCACGUGGAGAUGGAUCCCAUCACUGCGCUACCGAUUCCCCUACCGGAUUCCGGUUCUAGCACACAUUCGGAUGACGAUGCAGAAGAGGAACAUGGCGGCGGACAUCGCCUGCGAGUUCAUACAGCCGAUGUGGUGGACUUCCGUCGCUCCUCGAUCCCUUCCCUCUCUCCAGCCAUACCUGAGCCUGAACCGGAAGCUGCGGCCCUUCCAACCGAGCAUCCCACAUCGUUAAUUGCCGCCGUGGUGGUAUUGAUCUUCUACUGCAUGGCCACCAUUGCCGAUCAACAGCUGUUAAAAAAUGUCUUCAGCGAAGACUUCUACGCGCCGUUUUUUAUUUUAUACGUCAACAAUCUGAUGCGACUGUUUGUGCUUCCGGGAUAUGUUUUGAUCGUAUGGAUCAAAUCGCAUUGCGGACGACGGAAGCGAAAGACCAUCCGGCAAAUCCUCAAAGAAUGUUCCAUUUUCAAAUCGCCGGAUCCGCUUCCAAUUUUCUUUAUCAAGACAAUUGGAAUUCUCGGCUCGAAUAUCGUCCUGGCGGUGUCAUUAUGUAUUAUUGCAUUGUCCUACGCGACGGCAUCGGAAGUGGCUUGUGUGCAGACUACCCAAGUGGCUAUGGUUUAUUUCGCCGCUGUUGUUUUCUUUGGGCAACAAGUUCUCUUUGCCAAGGUUCUCGCUGUUCUGAUCUCAUUAAGCGGGGUGGCCGUUAUCGCGUACUCGAAGGGGUUCCAGUCCAGUUCUUCCUUGGGAAUCGGCCUAACUGUGAUUGCGACAUCCAUUUUCUGUUUUAACAUUAUGUACUACAAACACGUUUACAAACGUCUGACAUUUGGACAAUGUUGUUGCUUCCUGACGACAGCGGCGUCAUUCACCGUGGCCAUAUUCUGGACAAUUCCCUUGUGGAUGAAGAUGACGUACGCGGAAGUGUGGAGCUGGGAAAGUAUCCCCUGGAAUUGGAUGCUUCUUUCCGGGAUCUGCUCCUUAUUCGCGGCCAAGCUGAUGAAUUAUGGAUUAAUAGUUGCCACGCCGCUGUUGAUGUCUUUUGGAAGCUUACUAAGGAUCCCGGGAAAUAUGGGAAUUGAUUACUUUCUGCGUCACGUGGAAUUUUCUCAUUUGGAAAUAAUUGGAUCGAUCCUCAUUGUUCUCGGCUUCAUCAUCAUCGUCAUUCCGGAUCAUCGCAUGUCUAUCAACUGCCGAGCAUUAUUUAAAACUGCCUCGAAGAAAUCAGACCAUGCCAUGGCCGAUCCACCCGUCGAAAAAGUCUAUCCCAAACGCAAAAGUGUCAUACGGAAAUACGUGGAAAAAUCCGAGGAUGAACCGUCCAGUACCGCGUCCAGUGAUCAUGUUGUCGUGGAAGAGCCGCAGCUCAACGGCAAACACAGUCCAGCAGCUGCACACGACAACACAGUUUUCGUUGAGCCGCUGCCCACGGACACGGUGCCGGCGGCCGUGGAGGUGACAUUCCCGAUGGGUGAGGACGGCUCGCCGUAUGUCGAUCCGCUGGCCAAUGUGCUGACGGUGUCAGCGCACGGCUCACAGAUUUGGUCGUCCGCCUCGGACUGUCGCAGUCUGUCGGCCGAUUCCUUCCAUGAAGACGCCAUUAGUGUGACGAAUUCCAAUGCCACCCAGGCGCAGGAUAUCGAGAGUUUGGUGCGACGCAAAUCCCUGGUGGAGGAAGUACUGCAAGAGUGGAAAUCGUUGGUGAAGCAGUCGCUGAAUGUCGAUCAUUUGUUCAGUCUGGAGGAGCUCAAUAAACAUCUACCCCAUCAUCAUUUACGCGUUUUUAUCGGGACGUGGAAUGUUAAUGGCCAAGAGACAUUUGGAGAUUUGAAAGAUUUUUUAUUCCCGAAAAAACCCGCGGCUGCCGAAAUGUGUGACCUUUAUGCCAUUGGUGUUCAAGAAGGCAUACCAGAAUUCCGCACCUGGGAGGUGGGUCUGCAGAAAACAAUCGGCUUAAGUCAUGUGCUGUAUGCUUCGGAGUCGGUGGGCACCAUUCACAUUAGCAUCUUCUUACGACGCGACCUGAUCUGGUUCUGUACGAAACCAUUAGUAUCCCGGCAUCAUCUGCGUCUGAUUAAUCAAAAGAACAGCAAAGGCUUUGUCGGCGUAAUGCUGUACCUGUUUGGCUCAUCCUUUAUGUUCCUCACCUCGCACUUGACUGCCGGGCAUUCGCGGGAGAAAGUCGACGUGCGCAUUGACCAAUUAAAUCGCAUCUACAUGGAGCUCAAUUUACCGCGCAGCCUGGAGCAGAACCGGCUGGGCAACCGCUUCGACGCUGUGGAUUACGUCUUCUGGUUUGGGGAUUUCAAUUUUCGCCUGAAUGAGACCCGCGAGAAUGUGGAGACGACGAUCAGCGGGGCGCGCAGCUCCGCUGACAACGAGAACGGUGAACACUUUCAGAAACUGCUCAUGUGGGAUCAGCUGUACACGCACAAGACACGCUGCGCCAUCCACGACUUCAGCGAGCAUCCCAUCAGCUUCUUGCCCACCUACAAGUUUGAUCUCAACUCGGAUCACUAUGAUCGCUCCUCCAAACAGCGCAUUCCGUCCUACACCGACCGCAUCCUCUUCCGCUCCAACGGCAAAGGCAAUCCCAUCAUCUGCCGCUGUUACGGCGCGGCCACCAGUAUUAAGACGUCCGACCAUCGGCCGGUGUAUGCCAUCUUCGAUGUCAAGGUCCGGCCGCAGGUGCGUGCUCAAAAUGAUCUGGAUAUCUGUGCGGGACAGUUCAACAGAGAGAUCUACACCGCAGCGGUGGGUCUGUUGAAGAACGAACAGGCCAUACAACGAGCUAUACAGAAGAAUCUGCCGCGUAGUACCAACAGUGCUGUGUGUGUCAUUUUAUGACCGGCAGGUGAAUAUUUGAUAGCGUUAAUGUUGUUUGCGGUUGGUUCCGCGGUUAAGUGGUAACGCUGUUGGCUGCAGAAAAUUAUGCAUUCUGCAGGCGAUGUGUCUUUUGGAAAUUUAUUUUUUGAUAUGUGAUCAAAGAUUUUGUACAAAGUUCUGCGAUCAAAUUAUAUUGUUUCAAAUUAUAUAAAAUGAUUUACUGUUGUUUGUACCUUGAACCAAGCUGCAUGCCGGACUGGUGUGGAUUUCGUGUUAUUGUCGACGGCAGUUGUAAACUUGUA